AUGUUGCCAGUGCGACCCCAUCGACAUGGUUAUCAGGAUGCACACGACGAAAAUGAAGUUUUUAACGAGGACGCCCUCGAAAAGGCUAUUGAGUUCCAUGGCAAUAGCUCCAUUCAUCACCAUGGAAGUGACCGUGAAGUUGCCGACAUGAUUGCCGAGAAAGUACGGGUCUUUUGUUGGAUUCUCACCGGUAAGGAGAACCAUCAAAAACGAGCGAUUCACGUAAAGGCAACAUGGGUUAAACGAUGCAACAAAUAUCUCUUCAUGUCAUCAGAAGAUGAUUCUGAACUGCCAGCUAUUAAUCUAAACGUGUCUGAAGGACGUGAUCAUCUUUGGGCGAAAACAAAAGCAGCGUUCAGAUACAUUUACGACCACUAUUUGCCCGUUCAUUUCGGCUCCAAAUUCAAGUUUUUUGUUGAAAAAGGAUAUCAUAGUGGUGGAGCGGGAUACGUGCUCAGCCGUGAGGCAUUGAAGAAGUUCAUCAAUGAAGGGUUGACGGACCCGAAAAAGUGUUCUCCUAAUCACGAUGGAAGCGAAGACGUAGAAAUAGGGAAGUGUUUGGAGAAAAUCGGAGUGGUGGCAGGGGAUUCACGUGAUAAUAAUAGCCAUCAUAGAUUUUUUCCAUUCAUUCCUGAAAAUUAUCUAGUACCUGGUCAUUUAGAUAAGUCAUUUUGGUUUUGGAAUUACACCUAUUACCCUAUUGAAGAGGGUCCGAACUGUUGCUCAGAUUAUGCCAUAUCAUUCCAUUAUGUGAACUCACCUUUUAUGUACGUACUUGAAUACUUGGUUUAUCGUCUUAAACCUUUCGGCGUUGAUCGCUAUCUGAGGGUUGGAUGGAAUGAGACCAAAUUAGAAGCUGCCUAUGCCUCAGCUCGCCUAGCAAUGGGUCCGGACGAUGUGUAUCGAGACGUGAAAAUACAGCACUGA